CAGUUCGAGACCGCCAUCGGAGUGACUCCCUCGCGCGACACUCGGCGAGCAACGCGAAACCGCAAAGAGCUUCUUGGAGCGACGAGGAUGGCGGCUGCUUCUCACGAUGUCCAGUCCCUCCUGACUUCUCCGGACAGGGACUUCCUCGUCCGGAACAACGGCGACCAGGUUAAAGUCGCUAGCUUGAAGGGGAAGAAGAUCGGCUUAUACUUCUCCGCGUCGUGGUGCGGUCCGUGCCAGCGGUUCACCCCGACUCUGGUGGAGGUGUACAAUGAACUUUCCCCAAAAGGUGAUCUGGAGAUCAUUUUCAUCUCUGCAGAUGAGGAUGAAGAGGCCUUCAGUGGAUACUUUUCCAAGAUGCCGUGGCUUGCGAUCCCGUAUUUCGACUCGGAGAAGCGCGAUAGCUUGGAUGAAUUGUUUGAGGUGAGGGGCAUACCCCACCUUGUGAUUCUGGAUGGCACCGGCACAGUCUCAAUAGAUAACGGAGUGGAGAUUGUCCGCGAGUAUGGAGUGGGAGGUCACCCUUUCACUCCAGAACGCAUCAAAGAGUUGAAAGAGCAGGAAGAAGCUGCUAAGAUAAAUCAAUCAUUGACCUCUCUUUUGGUCCGUGAAUCUCGUGACUUUGUAGUUACAUCCGAUGGGAAGAAGGUUCCUGUUACUGAGCUUGAAGGGAAAACCGUGGGUCUGUAUUUCUCAUUGUCCAUGUACAAAUCAUGCGUCGAUUUCACGCCAAUGUUAGUGGAGGUUCAUGAGAAGCUGAAGGCCAAAGGAGAGAGUUUUGAGAUCGUUCAGAUACCUCUGGAUGAUGAUGAAGAAUCAUUCAACCAAGCCUUUGGAAGCUUGCCAUGGCUUUCAUUACCAUUUAAAGACAAAAAAUGCGAGAAGUUGAUUAGGUACUUUGAGCUCUCGACCCUACCCACUCUGGUCAUUAUCGGUCCUGAUGGGAAGACUCUCCAAUCCAACGUUGCUGAAACCGUUGAGGAGCACGGCGUUGCAGCUUACCCAUUCACUCCAGAAAAGUUUGCAGAGCUUGCAGAGAUACAGAAGAAAAGGGAAGAAUCUCAGACCUUGGAGUCAAUCUUGGUUUCAGGGGAUCGAGAUUUCGUCCUUGGAAAGGAAGGAGCCAAGAUUCCAGUAUCAGACUUGGUAGGGAAGACUGUCCUCCUUUACUUCUCGGCACAGUGGUGCCCUCCUUGCCGCGCAUUCCUGCCAGUGCUAACGGAGGCAUACGAAAAGAUCAAGGCCAUAGACAAGGCCUUUGAGUUGGUCUUCAUCUCCAGCGACAAGGACCAAACUGCCUUCGACGAUUAUUUUGCUCAGAUGCCGUGGCUGGCGCUCCCCUUUGGUGAUGAGAGGAAGAAAUCCCUGAAUCACAAAUUCAAGGUCGCUGGAAUCCCCACACUCAUAGCCAUCGGCCCAACGGGCCGGACGCUGGCUAAAGAAGCAAGGGAUCUUAUAUCGGACCACGGGGCUGAUGCUUAUCCUUUUACCGCUGAACAUAUCAAGAAGUUGGAGGAAAAGUCGACUAAGAACGAGCCGGAUGAAGAAGAAGAAGACGAAGGCGAUAAAGCAGCUGGGGAGGAGGCAAAAGAAGGAGGAGAAGCCGGAGAAGGAUGGGUCUGUGAUGGUGAAGUAUGUUAUAAAGCCUAAAAGUUACUAGUCGAUCUAUUUUCUAUGACUCGCUUGAAGCAGUUUGCUCCUUUUUCUGUGAGUGAUGUGUCUGAGCUUGAUCUGCGAAGGUUCUCGUAUAUGGGAUGUACAUUCAGACUUUAGUGUGUUAUUAUGACUGAGAGUUUGCUGUCGUAAUAAAAUCUCUAUUGUAUA